AUGCCCAAUAACCAGGUGGACGAAGAGGCAUUUGCGUUUCCGUCAUCACAUGAUGUGGUCCAACCGUCAGCAGGAAAGGGACUGAAUCUAUCGGGCAGAAUCAUCAAUGCGAUGACGACCUUGCCUGACCAGAUUUAUAAGACGGAGGAUGGCAGUUGGAAUGUGAAGCACGUCAGGGGCAACUCCGCGCUUUACGCUUCCAACUACUUUUUAUCCCAACACACGCAAUGGGAGACCCAUUUGGUAGCGUGGACUGGCGAAUUGUAUGCGUAUGACGAGGUUCAUCCGAGAGCAAUUCCCACAUCCCAGCUCCUGGAGUCGGACCCGUUGUACCUGAGUGAAGAAGCCAAGGUGGAUGUCACCCAGAAGCUCAGAAAGGCAAGCAACACCGAGAACAUCCACCCGGUAUGGCUAUUGCGGAAAGACCAAACCAGAUGGAGGAAAUACGCCGAGAACGUGAUCUGGCCUAUUCUCCAUUACAUGCAGAACAAACCCUCUGACGGAAGAGAGGAGACCGAGUGGUGGCACGACUACGUGAAGUUCAAUGAGGCAUAUGCGGCUAAGAUAAAGGAGAUUUACAAGCCUGGUGAUAUUAUCUGGAUCCACGACUAUUAUUUAUUGCUGCUGCCCCAGAUCAUCAGAAUGGAGAUUCCUGAUGCCAAAGUGGGACUGUUUCUCCACGUUCCGUUUCCAAGCUCCGAGUACUUCAGAUGUCUCUCCAAACGGACGCUGAUUCUCAACGGUAUGCUGAGUGCCAACCAGAUCGGAUUCCAGGCUUAUUCGUUCUCAAGACACUUCAUCAGCUGCUGCGCCAGACUGCUCGGGUGCGAGGUCUCACCCACUUCGAUCACCUCCCGCGGAUUUCACGUCGGCGUCAUUGUAGAGCCACUCGGAAUAGACACGGCCAAGAUAGAAAACGACGCUUUUACUUCCAGUGUCGAGGAGAAGGUUCUCGCCAUCAAGGAGCUGAAUCUGAACAGGAAGAUCAUCAUAGGUAGAGAUAGAUUGGACACGGUCCGCGGUGUUGUUCAAAAGCUGCAGGCGUUUGAGAUGUUCCUUUCGAUGUAUCCGGAGUGGAGGAAGAAGGUGGUGAUGAUUCAGGUUUCGUUCCCCAGUUUCUACCAUUCGGCCAAGCUGGAGAAGCAGGUGAGCGAGCUUAUCGCCAACAUUAACGGCAAGUACGGCACUCUGGAUUUCAUCCCUGUUCAGCACUACGAGAUGAGAGUUGCCAAAGACGAGUAUCUUGCUCUGCUGAGGGUUGCCGAUCUGGGGCUUAUCACCUGUGUUAGAGAUGGCAUGAACACCACGGCAUUGGAGUACGUGGUGUGCCAGAAGAAGACAAACUCUCCUCUGAUUUUGUCCGAGUUCAGCGGAACAGUGACUGUUCUGGGCGACGCAAUCCAGGUCAAUCCAUGGGAUUCGGUUGGUGUUGCCAAUGCAAUCAACGAGUGUUUGCUGAUGCCCAGUUCGACCAAGGCCAGCUUGGAACAGAAGUUGUACGCCCAGGUGACCAAUAACACGAUUCAGGACUGGACCUCGAAGUUCAUACUUCAUUUGCUGGGAACCUUGAAAAACACCCAGAAUGUCAAGGGUACUCCGUAUCUGAACAAGCCUUUGGUCUUGAACAAUUACAAUGCUGCUCACAGAAGACUGUUUCUAUUCGAUUACGACGGAACCCUCACUCCGAUCGUCAAAGAACCAAGUGCAGCCAUUCCCUCAGCCAGACUCCAGUCAUUACUCCAGAAGAUUACCAGUGACCCCAAGAACGAGCUUUGGAUCAUCAGUGGAAGAGACCAGCAGUUUCUGGAAAAGUGGAUUGCGUCCAACAAUCCGAACGUUGGGCUUUCCGCAGAACACGGCUGCUUCAUGAAAGUUGUGGGAGCCCAAAAGUGGAUCAACCUUGCUGAAAGUUUUGACAUGUCAUGGCAAAAGGAAGUUGCUGAGGUGUUCCAGCAGUACACAGAACGCACCCCCGGAUCUUUUAUCGAGCGCAAGAAGGUUGCCUUGACCUGGCACCAUCGUAAGGCCGAUCCAGAGUUUGGUGAGUACCAGGCCUCGAAGUGCAAACAACAACUUGACGAGACAGUUGCAAAGAAGUACGAUGUGGAGGUGAUGGUGGGCAAGGCCAAUAUUGAGGUGCGUCCCAAGUUCGUCAAUAAGGGCGAGAUUGUCAAGAGACUGAUCCUUCACACAAAUCCCACGUCUGGUGAAAUGAGAACCGUAAGCGAGCUUCCUGAUUUCAUGAUGUGCAUGGGAGACGAUCUCACCGACGAAGACAUGUUCAAUGCUAUGAAUGGGAUCGAGCAGCAAUGGGUCACCGACGCAAGACCAUCCAAUGCCUUCGGAACAUAUGGAGUGUAUACCAUCUCUGUCGGUCCCGCUAACAAACCAACGUGUGCAAAGGCCUACCUCUCGGACCCCCAGCAGGUUAUGGAUACCCUUGGCUUGUUGCUUGGCGAGGUCUCGUUGUUUGAGACAGCUGGAACAGUGGAGUUGGAUGACCGUGGUCAUUUGAAGGACAGCCAGUCGAGUCAAAAGUCCCAGGAAACGAGGAAACUGUAUGAGACGUCCCAGCUCACCAGAUCAUUGUCCAAACAAUAA